CGGGCGGGCGAACAGUCGAGCGGAGAGGUUCUCGCGCGGCGGCUCGCGUGAGCUCGCGCGGAACUCGCGACCAGGCGCCGCCGAGCCGUACCGGCGCGUCCAGUCCGCGUGCUCGCGCAGGAGGGGGCGAACGAAGAGGAGCCGCGGCGAGAGUCAGUCGGCGGUGAGACUCCGCGUGCGACAUCUCGGUGCCGUGGUGCCGUCUUUCCGUAUCCUUCUCUCUCUCCCCCUCUCUCUCCGUCUCUUCGCCCCCGCGACUUUUCGCCCGCGAUUUCGCCACGUGUGCGGAUGUGUACGUAUGUGUAUGUGAAUGAGAAGUGCGGCGGGUGACCUGGAUCGGCAGCGGAAACGAACGGAAGGGUGCAGCGAGUGUGUUUGAGUGGAACUCGAUCGCUCGAGCAGCGACGGAAAGGAAAGGAAAAGUGCGUUGUUCCCCCUUCUUCUUUUCUUUCUUCGUCUCUUCGUUUCUUUCUUCCUGUUCUUCCGUGGACGAGGCACGAGCUUGCGCUUGAUCGUUCGACUCGGAUUCGAAGGGUUGAAUUAUUAGGGCAGGUUCGUUUCGAAGGACUGCGAGCUUCUCGUUACAUAUCGUUCGAUGAUUCGGUCGGAGCAGAGACCGAUGCACGGCCGCGACAUAAAUAUCCACGAAAAAUCUCGGCAGCCGGCCAAGCGGCCUCGAAAGAUCGCCACAGUUCGAGGGACGGGUUUGAUAAGAUAAUUUAAACAGGCUUCGGUUCCUCGAACGAUUUCUUUCCACGGGAGGGGAGGAGGAAUUUUUCUUCGUCCAGAAGAAAUAUUUUUAUUUCAAUUCCGCGUGUAAAAUAUACACGCACAAAUUUUCGCGCGCGCGCGCAUACACACACAUAUAUAUGCAUUUAUAUCGUUUUAAUAAUCGGAGAGGAAGAAACGAUCCGAUAAUUGUCUCUGUAUAUCUCUUAACAAGCGAGGGCACGAGGGGGAUGAGCGGUGGAAAAUCCGGCGGCUAAAAAGAGCACGAGGCAGGAGGAGUGGUCGUUUUUACGAAGUGGCUGUUCACGUGGUCAUGCAUAUUCACACGGGAAAAACAAACGAAAUGAAAAGUUUAUAGUAGGGGGAGAGGGUAGAGUAGGGGAGGGGCCUUCCCGGGGGGAAGAGCUGCGACGAGACGAUUUUUCCCCCUCUUCCUCGCGUUCGUGACGGGAAAUUAAACGAGCGUUUUUAUUUCGUCGCCGCGGAAGGGGAUUAACAAUCAGUUUACGAAGCGGUACGAAGCGUAGAAGCCAGUCGGGAGUCGCGAUUUUCGCGGGAUGGGAGAUUCCGACGGAACAGUCGGCUCUCGUCCAAGCGUCGAGCGAGAAGGGAACGUCCUCGUUCACGUUUCUCGCUUAUCCCGGCGGAACGAUCUUCGCGUGAAAACUUUUGAAAAUUUUUCGAUCGUGGGGGAUAAGUGUGGGGGAAAAAUCGUUCUCGACGAGAAACUGGAUAAAAAUCGCGGAAGACUGAUUGGCGCGCGGGAGCGUUGAAAGUGACGCGAAUCAAAGUGAUAAUCCAUUCACGGCUUAUCCAAGAACAGGCUUAUCGGUUUUCAAUUUACACCGAUGUGCCUCGAUACUUUGCCGCGAGGAAUAUUCGAUCGACAGUCACACCGGUGAUAUACCUCGAUAUACCUUCACGUCCGUCCCAUAAAACACCCCCCUCCCCUUACCCUCUCCUCCUCUCUACCCUCCAAAAUUCCUUCUCUAUCUCUCCUGCUCUCCCCCUCUCUCUCUCCUUUCGUUUCCAAGCUUUCAACCUACACACCAACUUUUUCCCCGCUCUCGUCGACCGAACCAUCGUCGAGUUCUCCUCUCUCACCCCCCUCACGAUUCGAGAAUUAGAGAAUACAAAGAAUCGCGGCGAUGCGCGCAGAGGUGGCGGAAUAGCCGUCGGGAAACUCGUAACCGCGUGGUAAUCGAGGAAGCCUAGCGAUCAAGCGCAGCCCGUCCGAUAUACGUCGCUCGUAGCCGGUGCCGCCACGUUCGGUCACGCGCCGGAUGAGAUCCCGAGCCGAGCGGUGGAGCGGGCGGCAACGUUGGAGCGGGUGUGCGAGCGAGACGAGGCGAACAGGGAACGAGGCGGGUGGGACGCGCUCCGCCUCUGUGAAAAACUCGCGCGUGGCCCGCGCGUGCAAGAGCGCGGGACGUUGGAGGAGAUCCACGGUGGAAGAAGCUGGGAGGAACGUUAAAUGAAUGUUGUUGCAAGGGGCGGGUGUGAUCGUGAGCGUGGAAACGGUGCACGGCCGAUUUCAAUUCAUAAAUGCGCCAGAGGAGGAGCCCACAAUGGUGGCUCGGCUCCCGCAACAAGUUCUACUGCUGCUCGUACUCGUGACUGGGGCGGCCGCGGAAGCCACGCGCGAGGAGGAGUCACUGUGGGAGACGCACGAGGCGAGGAAGGGAGGCCGAACGACCUUUGCAUGGUCCUCCAGCACGGAACGCACAACCGGGGAAACGAAAUCCAUGGGAAAGUUUGACCGGACGACGUCCAGCCACGCGGACACCUCCGAUUCCCGGGAAACAGGGAGCCAGGGGUUGGUAAAGGCCGCCACCACCGCGAGCCCCGACGGGGAGGAAAGGGAGGAGAGGAUAGAAAUGCGGGGGAACGCGUUGCCGACGUCGAGGGAGAGCGAUACGGGGAAGGUGAAGACGUCGAAUGGUCGAUACUCGACCGUGGCUUCGAGGAGCAUGGACGACACAGGGCGAAAGAUAAAUCUGUCCGCCGGCGAGACGUUCGUCCAGUCGACGGCGAGGCGACCGAGCUUCGACAAGAACGUCGUUUUCACCAGAAAUUUCGACAACAUAGUGGCGACGAAGAGAACCAAGUUAUCCGAGAAUCCUUCGAAAAAUCAGUGGAACGCCGAUACGCCGAGGACGAAAGCGUACAACGUGAACGACGUCAUACGCCGGCAAAUGAGGCACGUGCCGGACGUGUGCGACAAAUUCAGCGUGGGCGACGAGUCGAAACGGGAAUUUUACAGCCCCAACUACCCGGACAACUACCCCAACCUUACCGAGUGCAUCAAGAUAUUGAAAGCCGAGAAAGGGAUGCUGCUGAGGCUCGAUUUUCGGGACGAUUUCAAGCUCGAGGAAAGUACCGACUGCCGUUACGAUUUUCUCGAGGUACGUGACGGCCAGCACGGGUUCUCCAAUCUCCUCGGCAACUUCUGCGGCAAGAAUUUCCCUCCCGAGAUCACGUCCAAGACGAGAUAUCUUUGGCUGCGAUUCCACAGUGACGAGAGCAUCGAGGGAAAGGGGUUCAGGGCCGUUUGGAGUAUGAUACCAAGGCAAACCAAUAUACAGGCGGGAGUGCCACCGGAGCCGGAGGAUUGCGUGAGGGACGUGAGCGGCGUGCAAGCGAUCAUUAGCAGCGAGGACGUGGUAGACAGGAAGACGCUGUCCGAAAAGGAAGGCAUCCCUCUCGAUUGCUUGUGGAACAUCACGGUGAAAGAAGGAUGGAAGAUUCAGCUGACGUUCUCGGAUCCCUUCAAACUGCAACGACCGAACGAGUGCGACGCCAACUUCGUGGACGUGUUCAAAGAACGCACUGACAUGUCCUCGAGAGAGAAGAAUUUCUGCGGGAGUAUCGCCGACACCGUCGUCAUCGGGACCAAUACCGCCUUUGUCAGGUUUUACACGGAGCCUAAAGCGCUGAACAGCAGCUUCGAGGCCGUGAUGACAGCGCUCAGGGACAGAGAUCCCGGAGACAAACCUUGCCUCGAUAACGAAUUCUACUGCGAGGACGCGACUUGCAUCGCUGCCGAAUUGCAAUGCAACGGCAGGGUGAAUUGCCGCUUCCGAUGGGACGAAGAGGAUCAAUCUUGCAGCAAGAAGAAAUCGCGGCUGAUCGAUUCCCAGCAUAUCGUUAUAAUCCUGAUCGUUUUCUCGUUGAUCAUGUUCGGCAUGAGUUUCGCCUUCGUAUUCAAUUGCGUGAGGAAAUUGAUCCGGGACCAUCGAAUCAUCCAAGAGCACAUCAGACAGUCGAGAGAAAAUCGAUUGGACGAACUCGGUCGUAAGGCAACACCCUGCCCGAUCUCGUCUUCGAGAACAGACAUCAGGGACCGAGUGAGCGACUCGCCGAGUCUGGAAGUGAUCCCGAGCAAGGAACUUUUACCACCCACUACUUUAAUAGCGCAAGAUUACACGAAAGAUCUGGUGCUCGAAAUGGCUUACAAUACGAGAGAUAUGCACGACAUACAUCAGAGUAACAACGUGAGCAACGCGACGCAGGAACGUUUGCAAGAAUCCAGCGACGAGCCAGAGAUGCGAGACAAUUCUUGUCAAACGCGAGAAAGCCUUUUCGAGACGCGAAUCCCUGACAACGUGAUGCCCGUGGGAUUCACGACGUUCGGUGUCCGCGGACCUAGCUCGCAAAACGGGACCAAUCAUCUUCAUUAUCACCGUCAUCAUCAUCUUCAUCACCAAAGCCCGCCGCAAUCGCGUCAAACAUCUCAGCCUUCCCAGCAAUCUUCCGAGCACAGCUCUCAACAGCAGUGCUCGGGUUGUAGCCCGGCAUCGAGAGGUCGGGACGGCAGCAUGGGUAUUUGUCCGAAACACAACCCAAUCCCCGCACCGCCUGGUUGGUCUACCCACGAGUCUGGUUAUUCAUUGCCUCCGCAUCAAGGAUCCGCUUAUCCCGAACCCCCGGAUUACCCGUCGUACCAGAGGUUUCAAAGCCCGAAACCAAGUAGGGAAAACAGUGUCUACCGUCAAUCGCCGAAAUUAUUGAGGCAAGGAACGAUCGGGUCGGGCGAGAGGUACGGCAGUUCUAUCUACGGAUCCGGCCACGGAUCUAGUAACGCGUCGAGCACUCAACACUCCGCUACGCCGAAAUGCCCAGAGCAAACGACACCCGAUCCUAGGUACAGGGCAGAGGCGGUGAUAGAGGUGGAUCAGAGGCGACCUUUCAGCAUAGAGAGCACAAAGAGCGCGCCGGAUGUGAUCGCAACGCACUGACGCCGGGGUCCUGGGGAUUGGGAGCCCUACAAGAGACGCCAUCCCCGUCAAACUGUCACUGAUACUCAGUCGCCCGCUAGGAAUGACGGAAGCAAGGUCACUGUAGCCACCCAAAGCUCCUUGGACGACGAUGCUUCGACCAGUUCCACGAUAGAAGCCAACUCGUCCUCCUGAUCCACGCAUAUCGGCGCGAUCGAUCGGCCUGAUCAACUGGAGCGUGCAGAUACGGACGGUCUUGGUUCGUCCUUAGACAAAUCUACUCAGCGCGUAAUUCGGGAUUCCGAGACAUCGAGAUUGUACGGGGCGCAAAAUGAUCUUCCGUUAGCGAGAUCGGUGGAAAUGGACGGAAUAAAAGAAUCAAAGACUUGUUUAGACAACACCGGUGAAAUAAGCGAUAUAUCCGUUUCGGAGUCUAUCGGGAGAAAUACGGGAACAUUUCGAAGUGAUAUCACAGCGAUCGUACAGUCGAAGGAGAAUUUUCCAGUUUCGUCGGUCCGACUGGCUUUAAAAUCGAACGAUCUCCCGAUUCUGAGGCCCCCGGAGGCCUUCAGGGCUCCCAUUUUCCGCUGCAAAAUGCCUACGCUGGCGUGGCAGCAUUGCGAUUGCCCAUCGCAUUCCCACUUGCCACCGCGAAGAUCCUCCGUGAUCUGGAGUGCCUUGAAACACUACAGUCAGGAGCCCUUCUAUAGAACUUGGCCUAACAGAACCGCCAGAAGGUUCAUUCGACCAUCGAGGAGGACCGUGGGCACUCAAAGUUCAUUGGAUGGCUCGCGAUCGUCCCUUAGCGCUAUUCGUUGCGUGGUCAGAUCGAUCGAUAUGACCGAAAGUUCGAUGGAUCUCGAGAUAGGCGCCUCGAUACCUUUCUAGUGUUUAUUUUUCAUCCGAGAGGAUUUUCUUUCUGUGUUGGAUCGAUUGGAUUAAGGACCAAAGAGUUUUCAAACGAGAACGCAGUACUAUCUCAAUUAUUGUUGAUGUUACGAUACGGAACGCUUACAAUCGUUUCUUGUUAUUCGGAACGCUAUUUUGCUAAUCAGUGUGUUAGAUUGCGAAUUAUGGUUAUCAUUACACGGCUUUCGCUACUGCUAUAUCUGUAUAUUCUUUUUAACGUAAACGGUACGUAUCAUAUCGCGUCGAAACGAAAACGUAUUAGCCAAGUAUACGUCGCGUCGUUUGUUUUUCACGAACGUUCGUUUCCCGCCAUUUUGUACAUUCGCAAUAUCUUAACGGUCGUUCAAUCAAAGAGAAGGACUUACCAUAAUUUUCACUGCUCUCUUCAAUUACAUCAUACGUUGAUACCAAUAACUAAAGUACACUUUGCAAAAUACAAUUUGUGAUCUAACACUCGUAUUUGUUGAAUAAACACAAUGAUUUUCGCGCGAAUAGAAUCGAGCCGAACAGAAUGUAAACAUAUCGAGACCGAGACACAUUUCGUACUGACGGUAGUUAUAUCUGGAUGUGUGCAGAUGGCGUUUCGCGGCGAUCAUCUAGUUUUAAUCGAACUACUUUGAAGUGAUCACGUAGUGUUUACACGGUUGAGUAUAACUCGAAGUGAAGUGAUAGAAAAUUUAUUGUGAAAAGCUGCAAGCAGUUAUAAAUAAGUUAUCUCGGGCAACGAAUAAGUAGAUUUCUGAUUAAAAUAUGUCGACUCGCCUAAUGAACAUUGAUACGUUGAACAAGUUGAACAUAGCCUAACCCCUUUUUAUACACGGUAUCGAUUUCGCGAUUCGAUUAUCGAAAAAACGUAUGGAUAUGAUAUUACAAUAGGCAAACUAUUUUUUCACGGUAUUUCCACUAAUAGUCGAGCAUGAGGCAUAGUUAUUCGUAUCCGAUUAAAAAAAGAAUCGAAAGAAUGCAUUUAUGAAUCGAUAACGUGUUACAGCUCGAAUAUGUCCGAUACGAAUCGAUCGAUAUCGACUACGUCAAUCGUCGUGUUCCUUGAGCGAGUGAAAAAAAUUUGUUUGCCAAUUUUUGUAAAGAUUCCAAAAUGACGAAUAAUCUAAUUUCCUAAUCUCAGGAUCACUAAUUUCAGAAUCACGUUAUAAAGACCUUAUCUUUUUACGAUAAUAUAUUCGACAUUUUUUUUUAGAAAAUGUAAUCGUGCACGCACGUUUCAUUGACAAUCGACUCGUUGCUUUCAGUUGUAUGCCAUUCGUCGAUCGAUCGAUUGAUUGAAAGAGAAAUACAGGCUUUCGUGAAAAAUUGGAAUUUCGAGAGAAGCGUGCACCAAACAUCUAGUAACAAGGUAAAUAAUUAAAUUAGUCAAUUAAAUAUUAAACAAUCGAGCGAGGAAGUGAAACGAAAAUGAACGAAAGAGAUAAAAUCGUGUUCACUGUAAGCGUUGUAUACAGAUAUAUUGUGAAGCUGUCAGGAAUUUAGCGAUUAGUAAUCGACAAAUUUUCGCUUCUGUACAGAUUACGUAUUAACGUUCAUCGUUUAGGACAGAAUGUACAGAGUGUACACAUUUGUAUAUAAAUGACACAUGAUCGUCUGUCCAAAUGAUACGUCAGACGAAUAAUAAAUAGUACUUUUAAAA